CCACUGCUUACAGGUCUUACAGUGACAGCAGAACCUCAUUUCUGUGUUUCAGCUCCUGAACCACUUUGGAAAUGACUGACUUUCUUAGUGCACGGGUUUGUCCAGCGUCUUUGUGCACUGAGGCUAACUCUAACAGGCUAUCUGUUUAUGGCAGGUAGAGCAGUGGCAGUGUCCCUCCUAUGAUGCCAGUCAGUCUGCGUUGUCCUCGGCUCAGCCCUCCGCGGCUUCACACGCUACAUCAGCUGAUCCGUCACAUGGUGUUGUCGUGCAAAAUGGAGUUGUCUGAGUCUGUACAGAGAGGGCUCCAGUCCCUAGCCAACCAGUCGUUCUUCGACCAGAGCAGCUUCCAGGUGCUGAUAGACGUGUCUUUCCGGAGUGUGCUCUCCUCUCACGCCGACCCCGGAGUCCUCGAUCAGCCCAAAUUGAAGCCGAUUGACCAGAUCCUGCUCAAACAGAGCCACUAUGCAUUGACCACCUUCAUACUAGAGGCGGUCAAACACAACGCAGACCAGUCGACAAUAAGCUCCUGCCUUGAAGAUCUCACGUUCGGUCCGGAGAGAAUAGAAACAUUCUACAGCACAUAUCAGAAACACAACAAGGAGCUGAAACAUCUUUUGGCAAGCAUAGGAAAGCGUCCACCACAGAUCCACGACGUCUCAUGGCGUCUAAAUCACCAGCUGAAGAACGAACAGGUCGAUAAGGUUAACGAGCCUUUCUACUUGAUUUCAUUAAACACUAAGAAUGAAGGAUCCUCGGAAGACAUCAACUUCACCUGCACAGUGGAGCAGCUACAGGAUUUGGUGGGAAAGUUGAAAGACGCUGCCAAGAUUGUGGAGAAAGCCAGUCAGAUUCAGCGCUUCAACUUCAGCGCAGUCGCUGCUGUCUGGCCAUGUUGGUGCUACACUGUAGUGAUUAUCACGCACACGCGUGAAAAACACGGGGCAAAGCGAGCGGGGAUAAGGCUGAUAUUAUUCUCCGAGUCGGGCACAUGCAUUCCUUUCUGUGUCCAUACGGAUUUGGGAAGCUCGUGUAAACGCAUCGGAUAUUGGCUGUAUUUGCCCCAUUUCGAAGGAAAGUCCUUUGAACCGAUCAAUCUGCCACUGAACGCCUUCCCAUUUGCUUAUGGAUUGUUGUUCCUUUCUUCCACCAUGCAUCGGACGACCCGGAUAAAGAUCACUGAGCUCAACCCCCACCUCAUGUGCGUCCUGUGUGGAGGAUAUUUUAUAGACGCCACCACCAUCAUCGAAUGUCUUCACUCAUUCUGCAAGAUGUGCAUUGUACGCUACCUGGAAACCAGCAAAUACUGUCCCAUCUGUGACGUACAAGUACAUAAAACAAAGCCUCUGCUGAACAUUAGGUCCGACAAAACUCUACAGGACAUCGUGUACAAGCUGGUCCCCGGCCUCUUCAAAAAUGAAAUGAAGAGGAGGAGAGACUUCUACGCAGAGCACCCGGUGGAUGCUUCAAAUGGAUCAAAUGAGGAUCGUGGAGAGGUGGCAGAUGAAGACAAGAGAAUCAUUACAGAUGAUGAGAUCAUCAGCCUCUCUAUUGAGUUCUUUGAUCAGAGCAGAUUGGGGGGCGGACUGGAGGACAAGCAAUGUAAAGAUCAGGUGGCCAACAAGAGGUACCUGCAAUGUCCAGCGGCCAUGACAGUCAUGCAUCUAAGGAAGUUUCUGCGCAGCAAAAUGGACAUUCCAAACACCUACCAGGUUGAAGUCAUGUAUGAAGAUGAGCCUCUGAAAGAUUACUACACAUUAAUGGAUAUAGCAUAUAUCUAUACUUGGAGACGGAACGGUCCCCUUCCCCUGAAGUACCGGGUCCGGCCCAGCUGUAAGAAGAUGAAGGUGAGCCACGCGCAGCAGGAGGGCCAGAACAGCGCCAGCAGAUCCGGGCCAGAAAGCGACUCUGCCAGCGACAAAGCCGGGAGUCCCGCAGGGGCUCCGUCCACGUCCUCUUCGCUGCCAAGCCCGGGCACGCCAGCUCAGUCCCCGCACCCGCACGGCCCCAACAAUAUCAACGGCACCCCGGCCGCCAACCCACCGACCCCCGGACGGGCCAUCAACCAGCUCGGCAGCGGCAGGAAACACCCGAGGAUUGGAGAACACCAGAGGUUUGUGCUGCUUUUGGAUGUUGGACUGAAGGAAACUAUUGUUGAUUCUCCAACAGUCUACAAAAGCCUGAGAUUGAAGGUCAUGACUAAGACUAAGAACCUCAGUGUCAGUGGAAUGUCUUCUGAAACCAGCAAGCUGAGCAAUAAGCUCAUAGAGGUGGAGGAGGCAACACGGAGAAAGGCGUGA